AUGAACAAAAAAAAAAAUCGCAAUAAAAGAUUCAAACUAUCAAAUCCAGCAGAUGACGAUGAACCGUACUUGGGUUAUUCAUUAGCCAAAAGUAGAUCAAAGUUGAGUUUCGGUGGUCUGUUCAGAGCCAUUGUAAUAAUCGUUCUGACUCUCAUAGCUUCGAGUAUAAUCAUCUGCGGAAUUUUGAUAGUUGCCCGUAAAUUUAGUGAAAACGUGGCUGACGACGAAUAUGAAAUCGGUGAAGAUAUGAGCACCGAUUCAAACUCUACGGAAAAACAUUUGUCAAAAAUUAAACACAUGUCAUGCUAUCAAUGCAAGAAUUGCGACGAGAAUCUUGGAGUUCCUAUGAAAUGCCCCGUCAAAGAUUCAUUGUGUGCUUUCAAGCUUGUUAAAAAGAAAUCUAAAGUUUGGAUGUCAAUAAGAUACUGCGAGACGAACUGGACUCGUCAGCUUGGAUGUUCGUACCCGAAAGGCGAGAAGGUGUGCUACUGUGAAGAGCCAGGGUGCAACGGCAGGUCAAUGUCGCAAUUGGAGGAGGUUUCUUCCAGCAUGCAGAGAGUCGACAUGGAAAAUGAUGAGGAAUUCAAAAAGCUGAAAGAAGAAGUUGGGAAAAGAAAUAGCGUACAAAGAUUUAAGAGAAGUUUGGAUAACAAAUCAGAAAUAAGCGUUCCCUUUAAUGAACUGCCCGUAGAUGAGCAGGUGAAAUUAGCAAUGGCCGUCAUGGAGAAAGAUAAUUUAACUGAAGAGCAGAAAAUGACGCAUAUCAUGAAAUUCUACGAAAGUGAGUACAGAAGAAAAAUUUUUAAGGCGAAUAACGAUUCCGAUUUUAUCAGCUCCAAUGAUUUCGAGCGAGUUAUGAUGCCAGAAUACUUCAAGAGUCCGACAAAUGACCUAUCAGACGAGAUUUUACUUCAAAAUCAGGAAGAAAAUCAUGGAAAGAUAGUAAGACAAGUCGAAACAUCAGCUGAUAAAAACGACGAGAAUCAAUUCCAACAUGGAAACUUGUUUUUUGGAUUGAAUAUUUUUAGAAAGGAUAAGCAAACAGCUCAAAAGUCUGUUAACAGAAAGGAAACUAAUGAAAAAAGUCUGCCCGGUAAAAGAUCGGUCGACACAGGAAAUAAUAAAAUAGACCGUUACAUGAUCGUUUCUAAUCUGGAUCGGGACAGUGAUUAUAUCGUUCCUGAGGUUGAUAACGUCCGUGUCGAUGGGAAGAAUCUUAUUUUGCCGGAAGCCGGCAGGAACCACUAUUUUAUUGUCCCAAAGUCGUUAGGAGAGUUGAAAUCUCAAGAAGCUAAAGAAAUUUAA